GCCAUGUAAGCAGUGCCACGUCAGCAGUGCCACGUCAGACACAGUGCCACGUCCGACACAGUGCCACGUCAGCAGAGCCACGUCAGCAACAUGACGGGCCUGCCGGGCCAACUGGCCAAUGAGCCCAUUGCCGACUACAAAAAGCGCUUCCAUGCUCAGCUCGCUCUAAUCGAGGCUGAGGAACAACGCCAGCUGGCAGCCAAGGCUGCCCAGCUACAGGCUGAAGAAGCGGCAACAGCAGAGAAGCUGCGGCUACAGGCUGAAGCAGUCGCAGAUGCCCAGGCUCGCCGAAAGGAAGCCCAGGCUCUGCGGCAGCGGCAUGAAGCCAACAGCAUCGAGAAACUCAAGUACUGGCAGUUUGAACCGAACGGCGACGAGGCAACACCGGAAGAGCAGCAUAAGGAGUUCAUGGCCAAGCUCGUGAGCAGCUGCUGGGGCUUCCAGCAGUGCAUCUCUAGCCGCCAACUGGAGGAACGCGUUGACCACGUAGUGGAAAUGCUCGGCGACAUCAGCACCUUCGUUGCGCCGACCACCAUCAGCAGUCAACUGCAUACAUUGAAGACCGAGGUCCAGCAGUUGCAGUCGACGAACACAGAUGACAAUCCGAAGAUGUACAAGAUGCCAACUUUCCAACUGGACAAGUUCGACGACUACACACAGCAGGAUCCGGUCCUCUCGUGGGAGGCAUUCACGACGCAACUCAGGAUUCUGCCUGUCGCCAAGCACGCGUACAUCGGCGCCCUGUUCCUGAACUCAAAGGGCGGAUGCCAGACCUGGUUGAGUCACCUGGCAUCCUCUCACGGCGUCGACGUACCGGACUUGAAGGACAAAAUCACAUGGGAGGAACUAACACGGCUGUGGAAGAAGCGGUUCAUCGUCGACGACACGCCGGCACUCGCCAUCAACCGUUUGUUCACCAUGUCACAGGGCAACACUCCAACACGGGAUUGGCUCACGGGAUUGGCUCACGGAGUGGCAGAAGAUUGCGGCGGUGCCCAAUCUGGAAUUGGCAUUCACGCAUCUACGCCGGAAUUGCUGACUCAAGCCCGCGCAAAUAUGCAAAAGGCUCAAGUCCGCAUGCAGCAGCAAGCCAACAGGCGUCGCGUACCAUGUCUCAUCCGCGCCGGUGAUCUGGUUUGGGUCUCCGCGGAAGAGUUUGCACUGGAACAGGAUGUUUCACGCAAACUGCUUCCCAAGUGGUUUGGACCUUGGUCUGUGACAGCAGCCACGGGAGAUGAGCCCGAUGGCCCUUCAUUUGUGAUCAACAUUCCAGAGCAUCUGACGGUCCAUCCGGUCUUCCACGCCUCAAAGCUGGCAACAUACACGCCAGCCAAGAGCGACGACUUUCCGGGCCGACGAUCGCAGGACCCUCCCUCUAUGGAUGGUCAUCAGGAAGUUGACCGCAUCAUCUCCGAUCGCAAGUACGGCAGCAAGCCGCGGCAGUACAAAGUCACAUUCAAAGCAUGUGAUCGCGACGACACUCGGUGGAUUUCAAGCGCAGAUUCGAAAGCAUCCGCACCGCUGAUCUACGCGCAUUAUGAAAAGCGGAGGUUAGCUCAGGAAGCUUCACGACCAGCCCCUCCCACCCGGACGGUGGUCCCUCCUUCAGACAUACAGCUUCGCCCUCGCAGGUAAGCUCGGUUCUUCAAGGAGGGGGGGGUGUGGCAUACUUCAUAGCCACACGGGC